UCUGACGCACUCGUUCCAUUCUCAGUUGGUGUUGGGCCAUCGAGGAACUCUGAUACAACGCGAUUUUUCUACUCGUGUACUUACCAUUCAACAGAACUAAUUAUGGACAAGUGGGUCGGUAAAGUGGCUGUAGUAACAGGAGCAUCGUCGGGAAUAGGGGCCGAGACUUGUAAGAAACUAGUGGCCAGUGGUAUGAUUGUUGUUGGGUUAGCUAGAAGAGAAAAUCUACUCAAGGAUUUAAGUACCGAAUUGAAUGGGCAACCUGGCGAAUUUCAUUACUUCAAAGUCGAUUUAUGUAACGAAGAAACUAUUUUAAAAGCUUUCGAAUGGAUUAAGAGUACGUUCAAGUCAUUGGAUGUCCUGAUUAAUAAUGGCGGUGUUCUUAAGAGCGCUGACUUAUUGAAUGGAAGUACUACUGAUUGGAAACUAAUGUUUGAUACGAAUUUGAUCGGCUUAAACAUUUGCUCGAGGGAGGCGGUAAAAUUAAUGCAGCAUUUUGAAAUCGAGAGAGGCCACAUAAUUAAUAUAAACAGUAUUGCAGGACAAAUGCAGUUACCGGGAAAUUAUGCCGACUAUGCCGUGUAUAGCGCUACGAAAUUCGGUGUCACUGCUUUAACAAAAUACUUAAGAGAUACACUCAGCAUAAAUAAGUUGCCGAUCAGAGUAACGAGUAUCAGUCCGGGAAUCGUAGAAACUGAAAUGACAAUAGAUUUAACAAGGCCUACUGGAGGCAUAGAAGUGUUACAACCCGAAGAUAUUGCUGAUGCUAUACUUUAUGCUCUGAGUGCCCCACAACGCGCAAAUGUAUGCGAAAUUACAAUUAGACCGACAGGUGACACAUUUACACCAAAAGAUUAAUCUAUGAUUUCAUCGUAUGUUCAAUAACAUAUCAAGUGAAAGCAAUAACAAUAUAUUUUGAAAUUUCUAGUUUUAUAUUUUUAUACUUUAAAAACAAAUCAAUGUAUUUUUCACAUAAAUAUAUGAAUUAUUGUUUGGUGACAUACCUAAUACUGAAUAA